CAACUUUCUUUCUUUACAAGCCACAAAACACCUAUAAUUCUCUCUCUCUCUCUCUUCCUAAUAACCCUUUCCACUACUCUUUGUGCAAAUUUACCUUUCUUCUCAACAUUUCUCACUUCUAUUUUUCCCCAAAUAAUUUAAGCUACAACUGAAUUUGGAUAUUAUGUUGGUUAGUAGAAUAUCAACUAGGUUCCCAAAAUCCAUUAUAACUCAGUGCCGGACCUCACUAAUCCUAUAUUCUAGAGAACAGCAACAGCAACAGGUUCCUAUUAUUGCUUCUCAGUUCCACUCAAUUCGUGACUUCAAAGAUAAGGUAUCUCUAUUCCAUGAAUCUGCCUUGCAACGAUUUGGAAUUUCAUCCUCUACAUCCCCCCGACCUAAUGAAAAAGAGACAUCUCAGACUCAGUCCCAAAGUGAACCAGGGCGCUCAAAAGAGAAUGGAGAAGUGAGUGGAAAUGGUGAAGCUUCAGCUCCUUCUGAUUCUCAGGUUCAAUAUGAGAAGGAUGAAUCAGGUUCCGAUUUGGAAUCCCAUGAUAACACGAAUGAAAAUGUCCAGGGAAGGAGAAGACGUACUAAACAAACUGUAUUUUCUGAUUCUGAUUCUGAUUUAGAUACGGAGGACCUUUCUAGGGAUGACUUGGUGAAAUUAGUGGCUGAGAAGGAAGAACUACUAAAGAUGAAAGAAGAUGAGUUUCAGAAAAUGAAGGACAAAGCUCUUCGAUCUUAUGCAGAGAUGGAGAACGUCAUGAACAGAGCCAAACGAGAAGCAGAAAAUUCCAAAAAGUUUGCCAUUCAAAAUUUUGUGAAAGCGCUUCUAGAUGUUGCUGAUAAUAUGAGUCGGGCUUCUUCUAUUGUAAAAGAGAGCUUCUCCAAAAUUGAUGAAUCUAAGGAUACUGCUGGAGCUGUGCCACUUCUGAAAACACUUCUGGAAGGUGUUGAAAUGACUGAUAAACAGCUUUCUGAGGUAUUCAAAAAAUUUGGUGUUGGAAAAUAUGAUCCUACCAAUGAAGAAUUUGAUCCAAAUAAGCAUAAUGCAGUAUUUCAAGUACCAGAUCCUAAGAAGGCUGCUGGCAUGGUCGCAGUCUGUCUGAAGUCGGGGUACACCUUGCAUGACCGGAUCAUUCGGCCAGCUGAAGUUGGUGUGACGGUGGCUAUGGAGAGUACACAGGAAGAUGAAAAAACUGAAGCUUAAACAGGUGGAUCAUGAGCCAAGAUUUUGGAGCCGGAAAAUCUCUAACCCGGUGAAAACAGAAGAAAAUAUUUGUUCACGUUCGAAAAGGAAUUUAGUUCCGGAUCCUCCAAUAGGAGCCUAUCCGUCAAAGAAAAGUUUAGUUUUUUUGGUAGUAUUUAUAAUUUUUUUUUUUUUUUUUUAAUUUUACAUUGUUUAGUCAGUGGUCGAAAUAAUGUCUGUUAAUAAUGACAUUUUACCUUUCGUCUUAGUUUCUGACUCUGUUCAUCACUGAACUUUGGUUUAAGGAUUGUUGAAAAUGAAGGAAAAA